AAUAGCAAGUGGAAGUUCAGUAUCAGAAACUGAUAUUGACAACAAUUCUCGGCUUUCGCAGCACAGUAAGAAUUUUUUUAAAGUCCUAAUUAAAGCCAAGCAAGGAGAAGAUGGAGGUAUUGAUAAUUUACCAAUUUCUCCCCAAGAAAAGCAAGAUUUAUGGGACAUUUACAAUGAAGCCAAAAAUAAGCCUAAGAAAAAAUAUACUUUUAAAUGCCAUGAUUUAAAAGUAAUAGAUGACAAUAAAAAUAAAGGUUUACCUGAUCCAGUAAAAGGGAUAAUAGUAAUUGGGGUUAAUAGAGUUGAGUUUCAACCUAACCCUAUCAAGAAGCCCCCAUACUCAAACUCCUCGCAAGUUGGUUCUCCACGAUAUCCCUUAUCGUUUAUUGCCUUUGGUUUGAAAUGGUUUUUUGACCAAAAGAAAGGAGUUGAGGAAACUAAACAAAAGAUAGCAGAAAAGUUAAAAAAGUUGUAUCAGUCAUUGAGUAGAAAGCAACAUAAAAGGAAUGAGGAUGAUUUGACUAAAAAUAGUAAACAUUUUGAAAAAGCCAGAUUAAAACUGAUGAAAGCAUUUAGAAAAGUGGUUCGUCGGAUAAAUGACCGCAACCAUAAAUUAAGUAGAAAAAUAGUAGAUAAGUUUGAUUUGAUUGCCCAUGAAAAUUUGAAGUUAAGUAAAACAUUUGAGAAAAAGGACAAUAAAAGGAAGUUUAGUAAAUAUACUGUGAAAGGAUUAUCGGAGUUAAGAAUAAGUGAUUUUUUUGCUAAACUGAAUUAUAAAGCAAAAUUGAAAAAGAAGAUUACUUAUCCAGUUGAUCCAACUGAUACCAGCAAAAGAUGCUUCAGAUGUGGAAAAAUCAAUCAAGAUUUAGAAAGAAAAAGAUGGUUUAUUUGUGCGAACUCUCUUUGUAGUUAUGAAGCAGAUAGAGAUGUAAAUGCUGCUCAUAAUAUUCUCUAUAAAGCACGAAUGGAGUUAGGAACUUUGUCCUCCGAGAGGGUAUAA